AUGAGAUUCCCUCAGUCGCUUUUCCUGUUGGCUGUGACUGGGUCUGCGGCCCGGGCCAGCAGCGACAAGGUCGCCCGCCCUCGAGGUGUCGCUCCGGAAUUCGCCAAAUACUACCAGGACCAAGAGACCUUCACCUGCAUUACGAGCCCUGCUGUAAAGAUCCCCUUCUCCGCCGUGAACGAUGAUUUCUGUGAUUGCCCCGACGGCAGUGAUGAGCCUGGCACGGCUGCUUGCUCUCACCUCUCCCGCAACUCGCCUUUGACUGUCGCGGACCACCCUGGAAACAGCGACUUGGAUCCUUCACUCGCGCUGCCCGGAUUCUACUGCAAGAACAAGGGCCACCGGCCGUCAUUUGUGCCAUUCCAGCGUGUCAAUGAUGGCAUCUGCGACUACGAGCUCUGCUGCGAUGGCAGUGACGAAUGGGCCCGUGUCGGAGGUACAAAAUGCGAGGACCGCUGCAAGGAGAUUGGCAAGAAGUGGCGCAAAGAGGAAGAGAAGCGCCAAAAAUCCAUGACUGCCGCGUUGAAAAAGAAGAAGGAGCUUCUUGUGGAUGCUGGACGACAGGUUCAGGAGAUUGAGGAUUACAUCCGCCGCUUGGAGGCCGAGGUCAAGGGUUCCGAGGUCAAGGUUCGGGGCCUCGAGGCCAAUCUGAAGAAGGUCGAAGAAGAGGAACGCAAGGUCGUGAGGACAUCUGGAAAGGGUAAAGGCAAGGUGAAUGCUCUUGCUGGUGUUGCAAAGGCCCGAGUUGAGGAGCUGCGCCUGGCACUGUCCAAUGUUCGUCAGCAGAGAGAUGAUCUCCGUUCCCAGUUGAAGGAGCUCGAGGACAUUCUGUCGAAAUUUAAGGUUGAAUAUAACCCCAACUUCAAUGAUGAGGGUGUCAAGCGUGCGGUGCGCAGCUGGGAAGACUAUGCUGCUCGCGAGAUGAGCACUGGCGAGAUCGCGGCCGAAGAACUUGACUUGGAUAUGAUCACCAGGGCCGAUGACGAGAAUUCCGGGGUUCACUGGCAGCACUGGGAGAACACUGAAGAUGGAUGCAAUGAUUCUGAGAUCCUGUACAAGCUCGCUGCUUGGCUUCCGCCUACUCUCGUCAACUUCCUGGAAGAUCAGUACUUCUCUGUGAAGUCUUUCCUUGAGUCUCGCGGAUUCAUCUCCAAGACUGAAGAGGACUCUGGCUCCGAAUCAAAGGCACUGACCGAGGCCCGUAAUGCCCUGAAGGCCGAGGAAGAUUCCCUCAUGGAAAUCAAGAACAAGCUUCGCGACGAGCGUGCCGACCUCGAAAAGGACUACGGUACCGCUGGUAUCUUCCGCGCUUUAAAGGGUCAGUGUGUCCAGCAAGACGCGGGCGAAUACACCUACGAACACUGCUUCCUGGAAAGUACCAAACAGCUCCAGAGAAAGGGCGGUUCAUCCAUGUCUAUGGGCAAGUUUGUUCGCAUUGGAAGCACCAGCGUCGAGGAAGUUAACGAGGCCGGUGAGGUGGUUUCCGUUGAGAAGAUCGCGCUCGAGUAUGACCGUGGCCAGCAUUGCUGGAACGGUCCUAACCGCUCCACCAAGGUUGUCUUGGAGUGCGGCGAGCAGAACGAGAUUCUGAAGACGGCCGAGGAUGAGAAGUGUGUCUAUUCCAUGCUCGUCACUACUCCGGCUGUCUGCGCUGGCGGCGAGGAAAAUGACGGCGCCCCUCGUUCGAAGGAUGAGCUAUGA